UUAAAUGGGACACACCGCGGCUCACAGCUAUCACGACGGAGAGGCGAAAUGGAGCAGAAAAGAGUGAAUCUGAACGAAGCAGCGUUUUCGUGUUCCAUCUGUCUGGAUCUGCUGGACAUCCCGGUGACCAUUCCUUGCGGACACAGCUACUGCAUGGUGUGCAUCAAAGGCUUCUGGAAAGGAAAAGAAAAUGACUCCCGCAGCUGCCCUCAGUGUCGGGAGACAUUCACAUCGGCGCCUGCUCUGGUUAAAAACACUAUGCUAGCGGCUUUGACGGAGGAGCUGCAGAAAACUGGAAUUUGCCCCCCAGCUGCUGAACAUCAUUAUGCUGGAGCAGAAGACGUGGCCUGCGACAUCUGCACCGGAAAAAAACUACACGCCGUGAAGUCCUGUCUGACCUGCCUGGCUUCUUACUGUGAGGAACAUCUUCAGCCUCAUUCUGAUGUUGCUGCGUUUAAGAAACACAAGCUGGUGGAGCCCUUCAAGAACCUGCAGGAGACCAUCUGCUCCAUUCACAACGAGGUAAUGAAGUUGUUCUGUCGCACAGAUCAGAAGUGUAUCUGUUACCUCUGCUCCGUGGAAGAACAUAAAGGCCACGACACAGUCUCAGCUGCAGCUGAAAGGACUGAGAGGCAGAGAGAGCUGGAGGAGAAUCAACUACAGAUCCAGCAAAGAAUCCAGGACAGAGAGAAGGAGGUGAAGCUGCUUCAACAGCAGGAGGAGGCCACUAAUAUGUCUGUUGAUCAAGUAGUGGAGAACAGUGAGAAGAUCUUUACCGAUAUUAUCUGCCUCAUUGACAAAAAAAAAGGUGAAGUGAAGAACAAGUUCAGAUCCCAGCAACAAACUAAAGUGGGGCAGGUUAAAGGUCUUCAGGAGGAGCUGGAGCAGGAAAUCACUGAGCUGAAGAGGAGAGACGCUGAGCUGAAGCAGCUCUCACUCACAGAGGAUCACCACCAGUUUUUGCAUAGCUACUCCUCGCUGCCACCACUAAGUGGUGAGUCCACACACUCAUCCAGCAUCAUUGUCCGACCUCCAGGAAACCUCAAGGAUGUGACAGCAGCUGUGUUAGAGCUUAGAAAGAAGCUGGAGGACAUUCUGAGAGAGGAACUGACACGCAUCUCACUAACAAUCACUCAGGUGGAUGUCUCACCAUGGGAACCAAAGAGCAGACCUGACUUCCUAACAUAUUACCGUAACCUUACACUGGAUCCAAAUACGGCGCACACACGGCUGAUGAUGUUGAAGAAGAAAAAGGUUAUAGGUGUUGCACGGACUCUGCCAUACCCAGACAAUGCAGGGAGAUUUACUUUCUGGUGGCAGGUCCUGAGCAAGGAGAGUCUGACUGGACGUUGCUAUUGGGAGGUGGAGUGGAAAGGAGACGGACUUUAUGUUGCAGUUGCUUACAACAGCAUCAGCAGGGAUGGGAAAGGAAAAGAGUGCAGUUUUGGUUGGAAUGAGAAUUCCUGGGCAGUGCACAUCUAUGGCAAAACUUGCAUUUUUUAUCACAAUUGUGAAAAGGUCUCCAUCUCAGCCCCCGUUUCCUCCAGAAUUGGAAUGUACCUGGAUCACACAGCAGGUGUUCUGUCAUUCUACAGCGUCUCUAAAGGCAUGACUCUCCUCCACAGAGUCCAGACCACAUUCACUAAGCCGCUCCAUGCUGGACUGUGGUUAAGCCACAUUGGGGAUGCUGCUGAAUUCCUAAAUAAUUGAUCGUUUGUGGAUCUAAGUUUCAUGUUUAAUACUUUCUUUUUCUUUAUACAAUGUUUUUUUAUUGAGUUGCAGAUUUUUUUUUCUUUUCUUACAAUGACAUCAAAAGCAGAUGUAAGACCUGGGAGUCCUGAAAAUGUGUAAAAGUCUGAGCAAUUCUUUGUUACUGAAACACAUGUUCAUUGUGAUGUAAAUAAAUCAACUCAUCAUGGUA